ACACACUUCCAGCAACGAGCUCGGAUUGGCGAAACUCAGAAGUGAAAUGAGCGAUGGAGGACAUUGCAUCAAACUUCCGACCUUCUUCAGGAUCCUACUUCACUCCCCUGUUGAUUUCCCUGGCCGGAAUAGUCUCCACUACUCUAGCAGUAAUAGCAUAUCAUUUCAUAGUGGUGAAGUUCUGCAUGAGGCAUAGGCAAAGGCAGAGACAGAGAAUACUCGAAGUGUUUUCUAAUCUCUCGCCGCAAGCAAACCUCAACAUCAACAACCUAAAUGGGGUGGAUGAGAAAGUUUUGAGCUCUAUCCCAAUUCUCUCUUACUCCACCAAAGACGGACAAAUCGGUCUGCAUCAAAGUGAAUGUGUGAUUUGCUUGGGUGAACUGGAAGAUGGUGACAUGGUAAGGCUUCUUCCCAACUGCAAACAUGUGUUUCACAAUCCAUGCAUAGACAAAUGGUUCCUGCAACAUACAAACUGUCCCGUUUGUAGGGCACCUAUAGCCGCGCCCGUUAAAUAUGUAGAACCUUUGCCUGCAGAUCAAGAAACCCAAGAUCAAGAAGUUCGAGAUCCAUUUAGCAGCAUCGAGUGUCCUAAUUCGACUUCGAAUUUGAUUUUGUCUCCUAACAGUCACGAGGAAUUAAGAGGUCUACUUAGCGUCCAGUUGCCAAAACCAAAUCAUUUGCUAAGGAAUUGUGUCUCGCUUGUGCUGUUACCUAUAGAAGGGAGUAAUAAGCAGCAGAGGUUUGUGAAUGGGUUGGAGAGGUCUUUGUCUUUGGAUCUCUCACACAUCCUCAUAAACGUACAAAGAGAAUGUGAUGAUCAGAAGCCCUCUUCAUCAUCUUCUUCUCCUCCUCCUCCUCACAAUUCUAAAGCGGUUCUUGUAGAGUGUGGAUCAUUCAGGGAACGAUCUCUCAGACAGUUCGAUCGGAUGUCGACAGUGUUAAUACGAUCUCUCUCGCAGUUGCGGGUGGGGCAAAGUAGCAGCAUGGCUAAUGGUCGUGAAAUUCUUCCUUGUUAGGAUUU